UUACUUGGCUAAUAAUUAAUCAUUACGCCGCUUACUUUGAAACAAAGCGGACGUCUGUUUUAUAUUUCCAAAAUAAAGUGAAGUUUUCAAAACAAAACAAUAGUUGAUAAAAAUAAAACAAACAUGUUACCGUUACAAAAUCAAAACUCCAAUUAUAUAUCGCCCCCAAACACAAAUUCGCAGGCAAUAAUUGCCAGUGGUAAAACCCAAAUGCGUCCAUCGUCACCGCGUCAAUUUUUCGCGCGUCUUUACGGUCAUCUCGAAACAAAUGCCGAUGAGGGCAUCUCCCCACCACAACGUCCCGCAUCGGUUAUGCAUUCGGAAUCGAAUUUGAAAACUUUAACCACAUUCGAUUCGCCAGCAACAUGUGAUACAAAUUAUCAAAGUGAUGGUGCAACAACGGCCUCCUCGCCGGAUAUUUCAAUAAGUGAUGAAAGAGUGGAUUCUAAGGAAUCAACAAACGUCGCCUUUGUAAAUGUUACCGCAACACCUCAAGUGCUACCGGAAUAUGCCAAAACCGAUUUGAAUAAUAUCCUGCCCUCCACAUUUGGUGUGGGUGUGCCCUUUGGAUUUCAUAGCGAAACACCAUUUUCCGUGGGCCUUAGUGCAUUUUUGGCCCGCCGCCGUCGCAAGGAGGGUAGACAACGCCGCCAACGCACCACAUUCAGUAAUGAACAAACAUUACGUCUCGAAGUGGAAUUCCAUCGUAAUGAGUAUAUAUCGCGCAGCAAACGUUUUGAAUUGGCCGAGGCAUUGAAUCUCUCCGAGACUCAAAUAAAGAUUUGGUUCCAAAAUCGGCGAGCCAAGGAUAAACGCAUUGAAAAGGCUCAAAUCGAUCAACAGUAUAGGAGUUUUGUUGUGGCCAAUGGUUUUAUGAGCUCUUUAAUGGGUCAAACGGCAUACCAUCCGACGACAUCAAUGAUAACGAAUCUUCAGCAGAAUUUGUAUCAUCAGCAAGCACAUAGCCAUCAUCACCACCACCUACAGACACCAGCAGCACACCUUCAGCAGCAGCAGCAACACAACCAACAUUACCAUCAAGUCCAGCAACAACAACAAUUGCCCACACAUUUGCAUUCGAUGACAACAGCAAGUUCUGCUACUGCUACAUCCUCGUCGUUGUCGAUGCGUUCAAAUGCGGCAGCAGCAGCACAUUUACAUGACCACAAGGAUGUAAUGGGUCAACAUGAACAGCAGCAGCAACAACAACAACAACAGCAGUCGACCAAUAAUAUUAUAAAUUUCAAUGUCACAUCUAAGGAUAUCACAGCCAUAAUGUCUCCAAAAAGGCAUUUACAUUUGCCUGUGCCACAAACACCACAACCAGCAGCACCACCACCACCUCCGCCACCCCCAACGCCAGUGACACCCCGACAACAAACAUCAGGAGUCGAAUCUGUUAUAAACAAUGCCACAAACGUGCAUAACAAUAACAUUGUUAAUUAUGGUGACAUUAAUAGUUUUCAUAAAUACAACAGCAGCAGCAACAACAACAAGAAUAUUAGCAGCAGCGGCAGUGGUGGUAGUAGUUGUAAUAAUAACACUCUACAAAGAACCGGUAUUAUUAGUGGUAUUGGUGAUUGUAGUAACAUUACCUCCACUUCUUCAAGUUCUAUUACCAACAUCAAUGGAACAAUUGUUCCAAGGCACAGUCGCAUUUUGAAUGCCAGUAAUAAUGAUUGUAAUUUCAACUCAAUCACCAACUCGUGUUAACAACAACAACAAAAUUCUUUAGUCUUAGAUCCAUUCCAUGGACGACAUUUGAAUUAGAAACGUUAUAAUGUAAGAUUUACAACACAUACCUAAUAGUUUUUCAUCAAUAUUCAUUAUUUAUGAUAAUUAUAUUUCAAGAAAUAAGAAUAAUAUAG